GAGUCCAGGGCUGAUGUUCGGGCUGCCCUGGGGCGGCUAUUCCAGGAAGCAGGUCUCUGCUUUGCUUUCUGUUUUGAUCACUGCAGCAGCUGCCCAGCAGCACCUGUUCUCAGCUCCUUGCGAAGAGCUCAGGAGGUUUCUCUAGGAGGAGAUGGGCUGGGAGAGCAGCUGCAAUUUCCUGACGGGAUGAUUAAGCUUUUGAUCUGUGCGUACCGGGGUGCUCUCAGCAGUGGUGCAAUGGGAAAUGAGAUGGCUGAGCUCACCGGCCAGCCAGGGAGAAGGAGCUCAACCUGGUGAUUUGUAGUUUUUCAGCUCCCACCUGGCCUGUGUAUUUUGGGUUUCUUUCCAUGGAAAGCUGUGCCCUGUGGAGGAGCUGGAGUGCUUGCCUGGAGCUAGGAAGCACCGCAUGGUAACAGCCUCUAAUGCUGAGGGAAAAGGGCUGUGAGUGCACAGCAGCCACCGGUUUGAAGGCAGUGCUCAGCGCUGAGCUGAGCCUGGCAGCUGCAGUCCCUGGCAAAGAGAUGAAUCUGCGUCAGACCAGGGAAUUGGGAUGCCCAGUGAGCAGCCAUGAACUGCAGCUAAGGGACUCGUGGUCAGCACAUACAGGAAGCUAAAGUUCUGGGCUCACAAAAGCCCUGUCAAGUAAAGCCAAGUUUUACUCUGAGAUUCAAGGAAUGUCUGUCCCUUUACAGACUCCUAUGUGGGUUGGUUUCUUUCUUCUCAUCCCUUCCACUAUUAUUCCAUUAAAACCAGAUUUUGUUCACCUGGUCUUCUCUGAAGAUCGUACCUGAGGAUUGUUCUUGAAGGUUAAUGUCCUGUGGCUGUUGCUUCUGUCAUCUGGGGCUAUAUGAUGCAACAAAGUUCAGAAAAACUAUUUAACUCUGUGUUAAGUGCCAGUGUCAUUCCUUUCGCUGUGUCUCAAUCUAUGACAGGACGCUUCCCCUUUCUUUCCCCUUACAAACAGCAUCCUGAAGGAUUGGGGAAGAGAGCCAUGUGCAACAAACAUCAGAACAGAGUACAGUGGUGCGGGAAGUGUCAGAUGGCAGUAACCUGAGGCAGUCUGUGCAUUUAAUAAUCUUGGAAAACCUACUAGUUAAAAUCAGCUCUUCAUGCUGUGCAGUGACUCUUGGAGUAAGCAGGGAUUUGCAGUGCGGAGGCUGGUAAAGAAGCUGUGGGUGGGCGGCUCCCAGCUGGGGCAACGUGCCUGUGGGCAGCUCUUUUGCUGCUAGAAGCUCGGGCAAACACAGCUUUGUGUGCCUGGGAGGCCUGGGGCAGUGCUUGGGGCAAGACUUAAAACUGGUGCUGUGCUCUGGCUGCAUGCGGUAGCAGUGUGGGACUAGAGAAAGACGGUGUUGUCCUCCUUCGCAGGCAUUUGUCCAGGGGCUGUUUUCUGGGGAUGCUUCACAGCCACAGCUCAGCUCUGGUGUUGGUAUUUAUCAUGCACCGUGCUCACUGGUGAGGAAGAGGGACCAGGAGAGGUGAAAUUGUCUUUGCCAAAGACACAUAUGAGACUUGUGAAGGGUGAAAGUUUUCCUGGUAGCUGCAUUUUCUAAUCCUACUUUUUGAAUGCCUGUGGUUGGUUGAGAGUCUGCAGCAGUCCUUACAGCCAGGACCAGGGUAUUAGCAAGCUCCCAGAUGCCAUUGUGUGCUGGGGAAGAAGCUCUGCUGGCUCUUGAGGCUUCAACUUUGUUAACUCCUCUCUGUCUUAUGGUAACCUGUUUGGCUCUUGCAGAAAGCAGUGACUGUAGAAGCUGUUCUUGCUGUGGCCCUGGCAUCUGGUUGUUCUGUGUUCACCUGUUUCCAGCCAUCCUGGAGUCCAGGGUUGGAACAGCCUGACUCGCUGCGAGGGAUAAAGCUGGUCUCAAGAGGGUGGUGUGAGCUCCCUGCCAUCUCUGACUCUGUUUCCGGAGCCGGCCAGGAUGGCGCAGUGGAACCAGCUGCAGCAGCUCGACACUCGGUACUUGGAGCAGCUCCACCAGCUCUACAGUGACAGCUUUCCCAUGGAGCUCCGGCAGUUCCUGGCUCCAUGGAUUGAGAGCCAGGACUGGGCAUACGCUGCCAGCAAGGAGUCACAUGCCACGCUGGUGUUCCACAACCUGCUGGGAGAGAUUGACCAGCAAUACAGCCGCUUCCUGCAGGAGUCCAAUGUAUUGUACCAGCACAACCUGCGACGGAUCAAGCAGUUUCUACAGAGCAGGUACCUGGAGAAGCCGAUGGAAAUAGCCCGCAUCGUGGCUCGCUGCCUGUGGGAAGAGUCCCGGCUCCUCCAGACAGCUGCAACUGCAGCCCAGCAAGGGGGACAGGCAACACAUCCGACAGCAGCUGUAGUGACAGAAAAGCAGCAAAUGCUGGAGCAGCAUCUGCAGGAUGUGAGGAAGAGGGUGCAGGAUCUGGAGCAGAAGAUGAAAGUGGUGGAGAAUCUCCAAGAUGACUUUGAUUUCAACUACAAGACUUUGAAAAGCCAAGGAGACAUGCAGGAUCUAAAUGGAAACAAUCAGUCAGUGACCCGGCAAAAGAUGCAACAGCUGGAGCAGAUGCUCACAGCGCUGGACCAAAUGCGAAGGGGUAUUGUGAGUGAGCUUGCUGGACUGUUGUCAGCCAUGGAGUAUGUGCAGAAGAUGCUUGCAGAUGAGGAGCUGGCAGACUGGAAGAGACGGCAGCAAAUCGCCUGCAUUGGUGGCCCACCCAAUAUUUGCCUCGACCGGCUUGAGAACUGGAUAACCUCUCUUGCGGAAUCACAGCUACAGACCCGGCAGCAGAUCAAGAAGCUGGAAGAGCUGCAGCAGAAAGUAUCCUACAAGGGUGACCCCAUUGUCCAGCACCGGCCCAUGCUGGAGGAACGGAUUGUAGAGCUGUUCAGGAACCUGAUGAAAAGUGCUUUUGUUGUGGAGAGGCAGCCCUGCAUGCCGAUGCACCCUGACCGGCCCUUGGUCAUCAAAACCGGCGUGCAGUUCACCACCAAAGUCAGGUUAUUGGUCAAGUUUCCAGAAUUGAACUAUCAGCUGAAAAUUAAAGUCUGCAUUGACAAGGACUCUGGUGAUGUUGCAGCCCUUAGAGGAUCCCGGAAGUUUAACAUCCUGGGGACAAAUACCAAGGUCAUGAACAUGGAAGAGUCGAACAAUGGCAGCCUCUCAGCAGAGUUCAAGCACCUGACGCUGAGGGAGCAGCGAUGUGGUAAUGGAGGAAGAGCCAACUGUGAUGCCUCGCUGAUAGUCACUGAGGAGCUGCACCUCAUCACCUUCGAGACAGAGGUUUAUCACCAGGGGCUGAAGAUUGACCUAGAGACCCACUCACUGCCAGUUGUGGUCAUCUCAAACAUCUGCCAGAUGCCCAAUGCCUGGGCAUCCAUCCUGUGGUACAACAUGCUGACCAACAACCCCAAGAACGUGAACUUCUUCACCAAGCCCCCCAUCGGGACGUGGGACCAGGUGGCAGAGGUGCUGAGUUGGCAGUUCUCCUCUACCACCAAGCGUGGUCUCAGCAUUGAGCAGCUGACAACGCUGGCAGAAAAACUUCUAGGGCCAGGUGUGAAUUACUCUGGCUGUCAAAUCACCUGGGCCAAGUUCUGCAAGGAGAACAUGGCUGGCAAAGGCUUCUCUUUCUGGGUCUGGCUGGACAACAUCAUUGACUUGGUGAAGAAAUACAUUCUGGCGCUGUGGAACGAAGGGUACAUCAUGGGGUUCAUCAGCAAGGAGCGGGAACGAGCCAUCCUGAGCACCAAGCCACCGGGAACCUUUCUACUACGGUUCAGUGAGAGCAGCAAGGAAGGUGGCAUCACUUUCACCUGGGUGGAGAAGGACAUCAGUGGGAAGACCCAGAUCCAGUCCGUGGAGCCUUACACCAAGCAGCAGCUAAACAGCAUGUCAUUUGCGGAGAUCAUCAUGGGCUACAAAAUCAUGGAUGCUACCAACAUCCUGGUGUCCCCCCUUGUGUAUCUGUACCCGGAUAUCCCAAAGGAAGAGGCAUUUGGGAAGUACUGUCGCCCUGAGAGCCAAGAACACUCUGAAGCUACAGACUCAGGUAGUGCUGCUCCGUACCUGAAGACCAAGUUCAUCUGUGUCACCCCCACCUCCUUCAGCAACACCAUCGACCUGCCCAUGUCUCCACGCACCCUGGACUCGCUCAUGCAGUUUGGCAAUAACAGCGAGGGAGCAGAGGCCAACGCAGGAGGCCAGUUUGAGUCGCUGACCUUCGACAUGGAGCUGACCCCAGAGUGUGCUUCUUCACCAAUGUGAUGUGCUCCACCGGUGCUCUCAGGGCCUUCCCAGGACUCAGGCUUCCUGGCACCAAAUAGUUCCCCCAGUCUUGCCCUGCUAGGUCGCGUUUGCUGUGGGCCUUUUCUUGGGAGGAGCUGGGGGCUGUGGUCCUUGCCACCAAUUUCCUUGUUUGACCCAAGUGAACAACCACCUCUCCAUGGUGGUGCCAUUGGUCUCUUUGGGGGGAGGGAGGAUAAACCUUUUUCUAUUACCUUCCGUAACACAGUUUUUUAUUGUUGUUUUGCUCAUUCAAGUGCCUAUCAGCCUCCAAUUGCAGCCUCAGUUUUUUACAAAUGCUCCUGCAGCCCCUGUUGUGCUGCCUUGCUGUUUAAAGCUGCUUUUCUGACUGCCAGUGUCUAAAAGCCCAUGAAGAUCUUUUGAAUCUGGAUUUGCCUCCAGGUAGCUGAGAGGGGAUUGGCCAGUGUUAGCACAGUGCAUUGGGUAACCCAUGUUGAGACAACGGAGGGUCUAGCUUGCAGAGUCUCCACCAGCCUUCUGAGAGCUGAUGGCAGAGUAUUCUUGUCUCUGCACCUUCUGCCGACCCUGGUUUUGGCCAGGUGGACCAGCAAGCAGCUCGGAGGUAGAUGGGCCCAGAUGCUCCUGUCUUUGUGAAGGUAAUGGUUCUACUAGACUCCGCCUGGGCUUUGCUGCCAGCAGGGAGUUUUGGUAACUGCCUGUUCUUGCUGCCAGCUUCCUGGUGCAGGCAGAGAGAUCCAGCUGGGUCCAGUAGCCCCAGGUCUCCUGCUGGGACAGCUAGUUUUCCCUGCAGUGCAAGGAGUGCCCUGGGGAAGGGCGAUGAAGUGUCUCAACACCAGUGCAUGCUUGUGAGUGUGCAGCAUUCGCAUCUCAGAUCUGUUCUUGGUUUUUUUAGGACCUGGGGAUAACCAGGCUGGCCAUUCUGACUAGCUGGCCCCUUGAUCAGACUAGCGACAGGAGCAAGAUUGCACUUCUCUCUCUGUCUAGGCAGAGUUAGACCUACCAGACCCUGGUGAAGAGUGGGAUGCUGCUGGAUCCAGCCUGACCUGCAGUGGGUGGCCAGGCUUGGCCCUCCCUAAGCCCUUUGAUAUGGCUUAUGAUGUCCCAGCUGGUGGAUUUACAGCUUCUCAGGGGCUUUACAUGGCAUUUUUGUUGGGUGUUGGCUGUCAGCAUUAAGCUAGGAGGUGGCAAGGGUUGAAGGGAGCAGGGUAUAUGUAGGGGGAGGAGUCUGCUGUCAGCCAACACUGGACACAGAUCAUGUGGGUGUUGCAGGUUUCUUUGCUCCAGGGGUCGAGGAAAGUUGUGGUUCUCCAUUUCUCCAAAUGGGGGGAGCCCUUCUGCCCUUUCCAUGCGAUGGGUUUUGGUUCCCAUCCCUGAUCUAAACAAGACACUGAUGAGCAAGAAAGGGGAGGGAGAGGCAGUGUGGGAGCUGCCGGCCUCCCAGAACAGCAUCUGGAUGCUCCUUAUCUUACCAGGGGGCUUGGCUGCCCGGUGUGGGGAGCAGUGGGGUAGCAUGGGGGGGUUGCAUGCUGUGCUCUGUCCGUCCCUGCGCUUUGGAGCAGGGCUGUGAGAGCCACAGGCGCUGAGGUUGUGUCCAGGCUGGGCGCUGCAGUGGGUCACAUCAGCAGAGCACCAUUUUACUGGGAAACAGCCCAGGGUUUUACAGGUCUCUGACGUGUCUUAAUUUGGCUCCGGGCAGAGAGAAGUGCUAAAUCAUUUGUAGCAGUGACAAUGCUGUGGGCUGUUGUGGAGCAGGUUGGGCCCCUAUCUUGUGCACCUUCAGAGCACAGGGUGUGUUGCUGGUUUUACUGUGUUACUGUGCAGUAAAGACCCAUGGGGUAAGCUCAGAGCCCUGCGACAGCGGCUGCGCUGCCCUGGUCAGGAUCCCGCUGUACAAGCAGGCUGGUGUCAGCUGUGCAGGGGCCGAGAGGGCAGUGCGGUGGGUGGGCUCCGUCGAGCGUGCUGUGCCUGGUAGCAAGGGAAGGGAGCAGGGGCUGUGGCGUCCAGGUCAGCCCCCUUAGCUGUGCGUGGCCAGGGAAAGUGGCUGGGCUCCCCAUGGGGACAGGAGGGCCCUUUGAGCUUGGUAGGUGCUCAGAGGAGACUGGGGCUGUGCCCCCUGCCUGCCUCUGUGCUCUGCACAUAGCUGCCUCCAGCUGCAGUCAACAUAGUCCUGGGCAACAGUCAAUACUGUAAAAAAAUUUUAUUUUUUGUAUAUUUUAUUGCUGUAUCUACAGGCUUUAACUUUCUCCAAAAUAAAGGUUCUAAAGUGACGUGCUC